GAGGAGUUCCUAAUAGUGUUGUGAUCAUCUGGACUGGACUCCACACAGUACACAAGGGUUAACAGUCAUGUUGGUGUAUUUUGCAAUGGAGGACGGGUUGCUCGUAUGUCACAUCUGGAAGAAGGAAAGCGGCGAAAAGACAGAAGAAAGCCGGAAAACCCCGAUCUUUGGCUUGUUCGCUCCCUGAAAAAAAACGCGGAGAAACAGGGAUGCCCGUGGAAACCAAACUCACAACUGCGGAUUUCACUUCGCCCACAGCUUCGUCCGUGUAGGCGGUAGCGUCGCCGACUGCCGCGGUGUCGAUAAAAUACACGUCCACCGGGUCCUCGCUGAAAAGAAACGAAGCUCUUUGUCCGAGCCGACGAGGAGGAGGCUUCUCUGGGAGGCGGGAUGCUCCGUUUGGUCGGACCGAGCUUCAGCGCCUGGGCGCGGGGCUCCACCAUGGGAGAAUGAAUCAGAGUCUCACAUCCAUGAAGAUGGCAACAUGUGGCGCUGAGUUGACAACCCCUGCACCCGCAGCAUCAUGUUUGAUGUGACCUAUCCAGUGACGAUGCCUGUUCACCCUGGGGAAGAAUGGUUUACUCCACUAGGAUUCCCCUCUCAGAGGCAGGGGACAUUAACACAAGUCUCUGCUGCCUCAUUACGGGGCUGCUGAACCUUUCAGAGAGGCCGCAGAUGGAGACCAUCUCUAUGGCGAACGUUUCCCUGGGCGCCCGGUCUCCGCCAGAACCAACCGCCCCGGGAGUGGACGACGCACAGAUGCUGCGAGGCGUCGGCCUGCCUCUGCAGAUCGUCUUCUGCGUCGUCAUGGUUGCCAUCCUGCUGGUGGCCCUGGCGGGGAACGUUGUGGUGUGCCUGAUGGUGUACCAGAGAUCUGCCAUGCGGUCGGCCAUCAACAUCCUCCUGGCGAGCCUCGCGUUUGCAGACAUGAUGCUGGCCAUCCUGAACAUGCCCUUUGCUCUGGUGACAGUUGUGACCACCAACUGGAUUUUUGGAGACGUUUUCUGCCGGGUUUCGGCCAUGUUGUUUUGGUUGUUUGUGAUGGAAGGUGUGGCUAUACUGCUUAUAAUAAGCAUAGAUCGUUUUCUUAUUAUUGUUCAGAAGCAAGAUAAGCUGAGCCCACAGAGAGCUAAAUUGCUCAUCGUGGUCACCUGGGGACUCUCUUUCAUUUUCUCCUUCCCUCUUGCUGUUGGCUCCCCUCUCCUACAGAUUCCUCCCAGGGCCCCUCAGUGUGUGUUCGGCUACAGCACCGAGCCUGGUUAUCACGCCUAUGUAUUGAUACUAAUGCUAGUCUUUUUUUUCAUACCCUUCAUGGUCAUGCUGUACACAUUCAUGGGAAUCCUGAACACCAUCCGCCACAAUGCCAUCCGCAUCCACAGCCACUCGGACAGCAUCUGCUUGAGCCAGGCCAGUAAGCUGGGCCUGCUGAGCCUCCAGAGGCCCUUCCAAAUGAACAUCGACAUGAGCUUCAAGACCCGUGCCUUCACCACCAUCCUCAUCCUCUUCUCCGUGUUUACAGUGUGCUGGGCGCCCUUCACUGCCUACAGCCUGGUGACGACCUUCAGUGACGGGUUCUACCAAAAAGACAGUUUUUUUCAGAUCAGCACGUGGGUCCUGUGGUUGUGCUACCUCAAGUCCGCCCUCAAUCCUCUUAUUUACUACUGGCGCAUCAAGAAGUUUCGCGACGCUUGCCUUGAUCUAAUGCCCAAGUACUUCAAGUUUCUUCCUCAGCUGCCAGGCAACACCAAGAGGCGCAUACAGCCGAGUGCGGUGUACGUAUGCGGAGAGCAUCGUUCUGUGGUUUAAUUGAAAGAUGUGCUCUGCGCUGUCGAAAACACAUAAUAAUUCCUGUUUUGUCAUUUGGUGGCAUACUUCUCUUAUCAGAAUGCCUAUUCAGAAUGGAAAUAUCAUUGCAUUAAAAAGGCAGAAGGCGGAGAAGGUGGCUUAUUGCGACAGGAAUUAGUUAGAAGAUCCAGUCAAGAAUGUCCAGUUUAAGUUGAACUUGCAGGAGUUAUAAGGCUUGACUGAUAAGAAACUACUGAACACUGCAAGCGAUUAUACAGUAGAGCGUAGAAACUGGGCUGGGUAUUGUUAGAUUUCCGUCUGUACUACAUGCAUUAUCUGUUAUUUAUCCCAUAUAAAACAACUCUAACACUAGGGACAUUUGGUGUCAAUCAGGGACCUACUUUAUAAGAUAAUGUAUAGUAACUCAAGGUUUUCCAAACUUUUCUCUUUGGUCAAUGAAGCUGACUCAGGUUCUGCUGUGCAACCUAACCAGGGUACUUCCGUCACGUGACAACAGACGGUUGUGUAUAAGGGAGAAAUUAUGAUCUCUAGAUCUAUUGGAGCUUUAGAAUAAUUCAGUGAGACAAUUGUUAGCAUCUGUUGACAGUUUUGGAUGUUGCUGUGGUGCGAUGUCCUGUACUUAGAACUAGAAGGUUCAGAGGACUAGUACAUGGUUGUGGAGAGUGAUGCACCUCUCGAGCUAGAAUUAUGUUCUUUAUGUUGUUAUUACAGAAUAAUCCUUAGUGUGUGCUGCAGAUUUGAUUGACCUAUGUAAUGCAGGUUAAGUCAGGGUCAGCAUUUUGCUGGAUGACCUUGCAUUAUUUGCCCCAGAAUGCCAGAUAUGUUUUAAUGCAGUGCUAUUGUCAGUCUGACCAUUUUAUGCUGAGGUUCAGCACCAGUCAGGAUUACCAAAAUGGCAAACACAACUGGACUCACUGUGUAAAAGACUUUCGUUCAAAGAGACACCCUCACCAUCAACCACGUAGAUGGUUAACCGGUGAAACCAGUUAUCUUCUUAUGAUUUGAACAGUGUCUAAUUUUACUCGGGUGAAGAAUAGUCACACGGCAGCUGUUUAGCUAUUUAUAGCCUGCCGACAGCUGGGAGCUUGUGGCAGAAGUUUACUUCUUUCACAGUUUUCUGGCAAAAAGGUGUAAAGAAAGUCAUGUGAGGGAGUAUAAAGAGCAAGCACACAUAUGGAAGAAAAGGAGGCGGAUGAAUGGGGCCACAGACACAACAGUCUGGGGUUUGUGCCUGUGAAAUACAUCAAUGCAGAUAUUGUUUUUUAUUUCUUACAUGGCUUCUUGACAUUUUAAACAUGUUAUUUCUUUCAGUUAUUUUCAGUUUUUGGUGGAAUUUUCAUUUAGAAAACAAAACUACGUUGUUAGGUUUAGGAAAAGAUGAUGGUUUAGGUUCAAAUCAGCCCUGUUUUAAUGUCAAUUAUAUUAAAAAAAAAAAAAAAAAAAAGCUUUUCUGACGGGUACAUAUAGAAGUGAUAGCUACUGACAUCUGGGUGCUAAUAGCACCUCCCUUAAUUUAAUAAGCUUCUCAUUUUGAAAGGGAAACACAUGUUUUGGCAGUCCGCAGCAUUCAGGACUUCAACACGUCAUCAUCUACCCCCACUCACUCAAAAGUGAAUCUAGAAUAAGGCAUAAGAGCACUGUUGUGUUGCUGUGGUGAUGCCAUUGGCAACUAAUGUCUGUAUAGAGACGUGGGACCCAAGUCCCACCUUCUGCCUUUAGACAAACAUACAUUUCUGAAGAGGCCCAUCAGGUCCUGAUGCACUUAAUUAAGAAGAAUGAACACUUGAUGGGGGGUGGUUCUGACUUAUCCUGCCACCAGCCAAAUGGAGAUUACUUGGCUUCCAUUCUGGAGAGCUGUCAUGUUGUCCAUACUCAUACAAUCUGUGGUCCAGAAUCCUUCUGGAGCUUAGGUUAAUAUUUUCCAAACUUGAAUCUUGAGCUUAUCUUGUACACCACACUGGAAGUUGCCUUUUCAGCAUGUGAAGAUUUGAAGCCAUUCAGGCCAGCUUAUAUGGAGAAGAACCAAACAACAGGCAGCUGUUCCAGCUGUUGUGUCUCAAACAGACCAAACAACGGGAACUGUUUGGUUUUACAUGGUAGAGGAGCUGAGACUCAUCUACACCAGCAGCAGGGGCGGCUUCAGUAGUAGUGCUGGUGUCGUUUUAAAAAUGUUUCUUACUCGUGCCAAUUCAAGUUGAGUCUUGGUACAGAUACUAGAUACUUCUUUGGUACCAAAGUUCUCUGUAUUGCUUAACACACGAAGCCAUAAAACUAUUUGCCUGAAAUGAAUCUAAAAUUGUCAAAAUGAAACUUUGUGAUACCUUAAAUUCCAUACACAGCUCUUCUUAGUAGGGCUGCACUGAUGCCAUCACAGUAGCUACGGCUCUUUCUUUCCCUAGUCAGCCCACACACUCUUCUUCUUUGACUGCGCCACAGUGUAAAUUGGUUUAAUAAAAAGGUAGGUGUCUGAAGGAAUCCACAAAAACAAAUGAAACCCUUAAUAUCUAAUGAAAUGCACUGAAUGGCAAAUACUGUGUGAGAAUACCAACGGGUGAGUUUUAUUAUUAUUAUUAUUAUUACUACUAUUAUUAUUUUUUGUUCAGUUUUCUUAUAGUAAUUUGAGCUCACCUCUUUUCUUGCCACUGCAGUUGCUGGGGAAGGACAGGGUGUUUAGCUGCAUAGAGGAUGCUUUUUUAAGGCAUGUAAAUUAACAGCUUCAGUGGAACCUGAUUGUGGUCGUUAAGUGGCCACAGCUCAUUUGAACGUGCGUAUUUAAAUGUUUUGAUUGUGCCUAUUAAUUAGUCCAUUUGCCGGUCAGAAUGCUGCUAUAUCUGGUGAAAAUGUGCAAUUUCAGUGUGUUGUACCGUUGAAUGUAAUAAAGAAAUAGACAUUUCUUACCUUGGUAAA